AUGGAGCGCCGCGUCGCCCGCGAGUUCCGGCACAAGGUCAAUCUAUUAAUUGACAAUGAAGCGGAGAAGGAUUACCUUUAUGAUGUGCUGCGGAUGUACCACCAGUCUAUGAAUCUCCCAGUGUUGGUGGGGGACCUAAAACUGGUGAUUAAUGAACCAAGCAGGCUGCCUCUGUUCGAUGCUAUCCGCCCACUCAUCCCAUUAAAGCACCAGGUGGAAUAUGAUCAGCUUACACCCAAACGAUCACGAAAGCUGAAAGAGGUGAGAUUGGAUCGAUUGGAUCCUGAAGGGCUCGGAUUAAGUGUAAGAGGUGGAGUGGAAUUCAGCUGUGGCCUCUUCAUCUCUCAGUUAGUUAAAGGAGGGCAGGCAGACAAUGCUGGACUUCAGGUUGGGGAUGAGAUAGUGCGCAUAAACGGAUAUUCCAUUUCAUCAUGCACACACGAAGAAGUCAUCAACCUCAUUCGUACAAAGAAAAUCGUGUCCAUAAAAGUGAGGUAUGUUGGCAUGAUACCUGUCAAAAGUUCACCAGAUGAACCCCUUAAAUGGCAAUAUGUGGAUCAGUUUGUGUCAGAGUGUGGGGGCAGUGUGGCUGGACUUGCUUCUUCUGGAGGGAGAGACAGUAAAGAGAAGAAAGUCUUCAUUAGCUUGAUUGGUACAAAAGGCAUGGGAUGCAGUAUUUCCAGUGGUCCAACACAAAAACCAGGCAUUUUUAUCAGCAAUGUUAAGCCGGAUUCUCUUUCAGCAGAGGUGGGUUUAGAGGUUGGCGACCAGAUUGUUGAGGUGAAUGGAGUGGACUUUUCUAAUGUGGAUCACAAAGAGGCUGUCAGAGUGCUCAAGAGCAGCCGUACUUUGACUAUCUCUGUGGUAGCAGGCGCUGGCAAGGAGCUGUUCAUGACUGAAGAAGAAAGGCAAAGAGAAGCACGUCUCCGUGAGCUGGAGCGCCAGGAGUUAAUGCAUCAGAAGCGCCUUGCGCUGGAGACCAACAAAAUCAUCAAAGAGCAGCAAGAGAAAGAGAGAUUAAGAAAGCUGGAGAUUUCCCAGAAGGCUGCAGAGGAAGAGGAGAGAUAUCGCAGAGAAAUAGAGCAGAUAACAGCAGAGGAAGAGAAAUUUAAAAAGGAGUGGGAAGAAGACUGGGGUCCUAAAGAACCACCCAAGUCUCUAAAAACUGUAACUGCAGAAGUGCACUCUCCCCCUCGUUCCAAACACAAAACUUUUGGAUGGUUUUAUCGGUAUGAAGGGAAAUUUCCCACAAUCCGUAAGAAAGGGAAAGAACGAAAGAAGUCAAAAAGUGAUAGCUUUUGUGAACAGAAGAAGAACAAAAAGGAAAUGGAGUAUGAGCAAAAACUUGCCAAAGAGAAGGAAGGAAUGCUGGAAAGAGAAAAACAAUUGAAAAUAAAUCGUCUUGUGCAAGAGGUAUCUGAGACAGAGCGAGAAGACCUGGAAGAAUCAGAAAAGGUUCAGCACUGGGUGGAAAGACUUUGUCAAACACGGUUAGAACAGAUCUCCUCUGUGGAGAAUGAGGCUCCUGAGCUGGCGAGUGGCCGUCCCUCUCCCCCGGCCACCUCGAUGCGGCGCUUUGCCGGGGGCCUGCAGCUGCACACCACGGACCUCGAUGACAUCAAUUUAGACGAAGUUGACAAACCCAAACAGCGUGGGCCGCCACCGCCGCCACCACCGCCGCCCCCCACUGUAACCCCAGCACCGCCAGCUCAUCCACCUCCUGCCUCAAAUGCCCCACGAGGCCCGGCCCUGUUGGUAACACCAGCUUCCCAGCAACUUGCUCCAAGUCCACCUACCCAGCGUCAUCCAGGGGUACCAAUAGUCUCUAAACCAGUUAUGCUGCAUCCUGACCCAAACUUCGUGGUCAGGCCAACAAUCAAAUCAGAGGCCCUGCCACAAGAGAUGUUUAAAAGGAUGGUGGUUUACAAUUCAUCAUUUAGAUCUAAGAAAAAACAAGGCUUCCAGAAGUAUGUGGAAGAUUUUGAUCCAUAUUCAAUGUUUACCCCAGACCAGAUAAUAGGAAAAGACGUACGGCUAUUACGAAUAAAAAAGGAAGGAUCACUGGACCUUGCAGUUGAGGGAGGAAUUGAUUCUCCAAUUGGAAAGAUAGUUGUGUCUGCCAUCUACGAGGACGGUGCUGCAGACAAACAUGGAGGCAUAGUGAAAGGGGAUGAAAUACUGGCUGUAAAUGGCAAGAUAUUAAUUGACAGCAAGCUGGCAGAAGCACAGGCAACUCUAGCAAAAGCUUGGAACAUGGGUGGGGAUUGGAUUGACUUAGUCAUUGCAGCAUCACCUCCAAAAGAAUAUGAUGAUGAAAUGACAUUUUUUUAAGGAAGACUACAAAUCUUGAAAUGGAAUCUCUUCUCAGCAGAAACCUGCUGCUCAGUAAACUAAUAGGAAAUCAAUAACCAUGUGAAAUGUAUCUUUAUUGACUGACCUGUAAAUUGAACUAGAGACAUCAGAUUCUUCAGAUAACUUGAAUAAUUUAUUAUCAUUCUAUAGACAUACAGCAAAACUUUUUUUUCAUGAUGAUUUAAAAGAACUACUGACCAGCAUAGUUCAGACUGUGAGUGCUCAAUCUCUUUUUGCUAUUUUGAGGGGCCAAAUUUUGCAAAUCUUUCAGUUUUCCUGGAAAUAGAUUUGAAAAUGACAAAUGAAGAUAGAACACAGAUGUCUGUUCCCACAUGCAACACUUGUGAAUACACAUUCACAGGCCAGUUUGGGUGUGAAAAGAAUUAUAUUUUUACUUCCUAGAUAGUGAUUUUCAUAGGAAAAUGAGAAAGUGCCCAGGUAACUUCUGUUCUCAUAUUCUUGUAGCUCUCUUAAUAUCCAUUUUUGUGUCUCAGUUGUGAGGAUUUUUUCACCAUAAAAACCCUGCUGGUAAAAGAACUGGGAAUACCAGGAAUGUAAGCAUUAUAAUCAAAUAAUUUUGGUUGUGUUGCUUAUACAGUAUGGACGAUCUUCUGCAGCAGCAGAGUAAAUAACUAGCAAGUAGCUCAGAUAAAAUCAUUAUGUGCAGUCACAUCCAUACUUCCAAGUAUUUGUAUUGUUGGCAAAAAUUCCUCCCUCAUAUAGUCAUGGGUGGGAAAUUUGGGUGUGAUUCACAGUCUGCUGUUUUGUACUUUGUUCUCAGUGAGCCUAUAUAUGUGACUAAACUGUGCAGGAAGCCACCAAGUGUAACUUUCUGCUCUUGGUGACUCUGUGCCUUAGAUUUGAGUCAAUUCCUCAAGACCAUUAAAUUGAUGUUUUGCUAGUGCUUGGUUUCAAGUAUUAUUAUAUUUGUAGACUUAGUAAAUAUAUUAUAGAGACACCUCAUAAGAAAUGUCAUGGUCUUUUUCCUUUCUUGCACCUGCCAGCUUGUGCUCUGUUUUCCAUGUUGUGUUUAGAUUUUUCUCACCUGUUCUACUGAGAGACAGUUCAUUGGCAUAUCAUUUUCCCACUGAAGUCUUGCCUUUCCAAGGUUUGGAGCCCUCCUCCAUCAUAUGAAAAUAACAAUUAAAUUCAUGAGAACUCUGUACUUACAUGCAGAUGCUUACUUAUGUUGACUUUAUUUACAGUAUUCUUCCAGUAUGCCAAUUAAUGUGUG